AUGUCGUCUGCGGUCUGCCUGUUGGAAUUAUUUAUAAAAUCUUUCUAUUUAUAAACAUUACUGAAAAUAAGAAAGACAGGACAAACGUGGUAUCCAGUAGACUUUGAUAAUAAUACGUAACGUUACUGUGAAGUGACAGUGUAACAAUAACUAUGAUGUUUACAUUUUAACGUUGAAGCAUUAUAAUAAAAAUUGCAAUCGAAUUAUAAGUUCUUGUAUGAAUGCUAGUAAAUAUUCAGUAUGCAUAACGUGACUACGUAAUUCAGCGAUAAGCUUAUAAGUUUUGGUUAUGUGUUAUGUCUUAAAAUUAUGAUACGUUGAAAAAGUGCGAUAGUAAAAAUGCCAGGAAAAAUAAAGGUUAAAGUGUUAGCUGGGCGAAACCUGCCGGUUAUGGAUAGAGCUAGCGACACCACGGAUGCAUUUGUCGAGAUAAAAUUUGGCGGCAUAACGCACAAGACUGAUGUCUGUCGGAAAUCGCUGAAUCCACAUUGGAAUAGCACAGAGUGGUAUAGAUUUGAGGUGGAUGAAUCGGAACUCCAGGAUGAGCCGCUCCAGCUGCGUCUGAUGGAUCACGACACGUAUUCAGCCAACGAUGCCAUCGGCAAGGUGGUGAUCAGCCUCGCGCCGCUACUGACGCGGGAGGCUGGCUGCGCGAGUACUGGGGCUGCGGGAGGAGCGGUGCUGUCGGGCUGGCUCCCAGUGUUCGACACGCUGCACGGCAUCCGCGGAGAGCUGCACGUGGUGGUCAAGCUGGAGCUGUUCUCCGACUUCAACAAGUACAAGACCUCCAGCGUGGGCGUGCAGUUCUUCCACUGUCCAAUGAUCCCCCCGGGUUACCAGGCGACCGCUAUCCACGGGUUCGUUGAAGAGCUGGUGGUAAACGACGAUCCUGAGUACCAGUGGAUAGACAAGAUCCGCACCCCGCGAGCAUCCAACGAGGCCCGACAGGUCGCCUUCAUUAAGCUCAGUAACCAGGUGCAGCGGCUAGUGGGUCUGAAGGCAGCAGAGUUGGGAGCUAACGCGGUGGUGGGCUACCAACAGGACUUUGACCUUGAAGGGGAAGCGGGCGUCGUCGCGAGAGCUAUAGGCACAGCAGUCAGCAUCAAGCCGCUGCCCAAUCCGCAACCGAACAAUCUUCCCCCGUGCACACAACAACAAUUGAAAAAGUAUUUAGACAUUUUGGCGACGGACGAAGAGAGUGUCACAGAUUUAAACCAAUACUACCAAACCCAUCAGGAGGAGCUGGUUAAAAUUGUCGGCAUUCUCAACCCAAAAGACCCAUCACUCUUGGACGAACCGGACGGUGGUGAUGAUGAUGAAAAAAGCUUCGAGUCUCUCAUACAACCGACAGGUUUCACAGAAGCUCCCAAACCGUAUACUGGAGGACGAUCUAUUUACCAAGACGAGUACAUCUCGCAGAAAAGUCUGAAACAUCUGUCAGAAGAUCAAGACGACCUUGACAGGCUGUUGAAACGAACGGCAACAACGAAUUCCAUAGGCCCGUUGACUAGACUGAAGAAAUUAAAGGGAAGCAUGUUUCGAAGAAGACGUAGAGAUUCUCAAAAAAGCGAGAAACAAGAUGACGAAAUAUCCCUAAGAUCGACAUCCUCUGAUACAUCGCGUAUUUCACUUAAUGACAUUAAAAAAGAAAUGAGACGAUUCAAACGUAUAAAAGUACCAAAACUGGCAAAAAUAGAAGGUGAAGAAGAGGAGGGAAUUGGUAUGGCGUCUAUUUUAGCGAGAUCGGUCAUACACGCUCAUACAAGUCUGGCUUGUAUUUCCGAAGCACAAGAUUCCGAAGCUUCACCAGAUUCUACUCUGAGAAAAACAAGCGAAUCUGAACCUACGGUUAACGUUGCAGAAGAGCAAAAGAAAAUGCACGUGGAAGAUGUUAUUAACGAUAUCAAUAAAAGAAAAACACCAGAAGGACACUGCAGCUCCUUAGACAAUAUUAAAAGUGAUGAAAUGCCCAUUGAGCCCCAAAGAAAAAAAUCCGAAUCAUGUCCCACGAGUCCAAUAGUUGAAAGAAGUGAUAACUUAUUAAAACUGCCCGGAGACAUUGGAUACUUUGGAUCAAUUUCAUCUGCUCUUUCCGCAGAAAGUUCCGAAAUAUAUACCACGUCUGAUGAAGAUGAAGACGACAGUUCGGAUAUGAAAAGUAAUUGUGAACAGUCAAUGGAGACUACCAGUUCUCUUGUCAGUUCUGUUUUGAGACAUGAUGUUGAUCCUAAUUUCAUAGCUCAGAUGGAGCAAAAGCUAACUGAUCUAGAACUUGCUUCACAUGUUCAGAGCGAUACUAAAACUGAAGCGAAAGAAGAAUCAAAACCAAAUUUAAAAGAAACAAAAGACGACGCCGAAGUAAAAGACCUAAUUGAAAAGAAGGAUGACAAAUCUAAUUUACAAUCAGAUAAUAAAAUUAAUAGCCAGGAAAACCGUGAAGUAUCCUCAACUGCUCCUAAGGAUGAUGAAAAGUUCGUACCAGCAAAGUACAAUUUUAAUUUUCCUAGCAUUUUUGUACAUAAAAAUCUGCAAACCACCUUAAGCGCCCCGUCAUCUCCAGUAGAAAGAAAAAGCUUUGUUUACCGCUCCUCGAAACGCAUCAAGAAGCAGCUGUCGAAAAUUUCCAAAAGCCGCAUGGUCAAAAGCUUGUCGCAUUACUCCCUUUUGCCCAAAAAAAAGCACGAGGACCCGAAAACUGCAAUGAGCCAACCCGGGUCGAGCUCCGAUGUCACAUCUAAGGCACCCAGUGACACAGUUUUAGGCUAUCCUUUUCUGUCUUACACAGAUUUGCUUUCGUUAGACAAGGAGCAGCCUCCCGAACGUUUACAUAAAAGCGACGAAUUAGAAACCUGUAAAGUAUCCAUGUACAUCGGUUCCCAGCCCGAAUCUCGAGCAUCUUUUAGCGGCCCAUCUGAUAGAGAUCAUAACCAUUUACAAAAACCAAAACCUUUACUGCAUCACAUGAAAGAGAAGCCCGAAGUCAAACCAGCGAGUCUCACUCAUACUGCAAUGGAAGUUAUUUUAAUCGAUAAAGUCCAGUCGCUAUUGAUACCGACCAGCCCAGAUAUUAAUGCAGAAAACCAAAAAUUCUUCGACAAAGUCAACAUUGAAUUAGAAAAAAUAGAAAAUGCUGAGUCCGAUAAAAAUAAAACUAUCAAAUUAGAUAAGAAUAAAAAUAGCGAUGAUAAAGACAAGAGGGAAUCGAUAAAAAACAAAAAAGGAAGAAAGAAAGAAAAGACAUUAGUCAGACAGGACAGCAUAAGAUCAGAAGAGACCAAAAUGUCUAAAAACAUCAAAACUAAUCUAGUCAUUCCGAGCAAAUUAACAAACCAGCCGAUGUUGCAACAUUUCCACCCCAUUAGUGCCCAUCUAGAGACCAUACAUUCGCUGUCGCCCAGUCUAGACAGGGGUGAUAGCCUAGAUACUAACGCUAGCGUGUGUGGUAACUCGCAUGCAGUGUGUGAUGUUGACAGGAGCGAGCGAGAGCGCGAUAAGUGUGACAAGGACAAGGGAUCGCCGAAGCACGCGAGGCACGAGUCGUUUGGCGGACGAGAAGUGGGCAGUUCCAACGCUCAGAACGUGUCGCUCAAUUCUUCGUCCACGCCGCUCGGUAUACACAGAAGAUCUUCGGAUUCCGACCUCAGUGUUACACCUAAAGGUGGAUCCCAGAACGCGUCGGUCGGCAACAUAGGCGGUGGCGCGAUUCUCCGACCCUCCAUGAACAGCAACAACCUGGAUAUGCUGGAGUACCCCUUCCUCACCAUGACAGAGUUCCCGCCGGGUUUCAUCGUGCAUAUCGGCGGCACAGUCUGCUCUCGCUCGGUGAAGCUCGUAGAUGGGGGCGGGGAGAGUGCGGCGCGCGCGGCGUGGUGGGCGGAGCUGCGGACGGAGAUACGUGCGCACGCGCGCGCGCUGCGCUGCACCGCCGUGCUGGGGUACAGCGAGCGCGCGUCUGUCAGGGAAGACGUGUGCGUGCUGUCAGCGUCGGGAACAGCUGCCGUCAUCAACUUGGACUGCGACCUCGCUACUGAUGACACUGUCACAGUUGGCGAUAAUGCGGAGGAGGAGGAGUCGUGCGGCGCGGCGCACGUGCCGUACUCGCCCGGCGCCCCGCCCUACCGCGCCGAGCUGGCCGGCUGCGGCGGCUGUCGUCGAGCGCGCGUCCCUACAGUGCUGCUGGCGACGUGCGCCAAGCCCAGCAGACUGGUGUCAUACGGGAAAUCCGUCGUCGUCACUGCUGUUGCGGCUCGUGGUCGUCGCGCGCCGCCCUCCGCGGAGCCGGGCGCUCGGGACCUGUCCGACCAGCUACCCUUCCUGGAAUACGAGCUGCACAAGCUGCUGCUUGCUAAGCUUAGGAUGCAGGGUGCGAACGCACUGUUCUCGCUGCAGACGCAGGUGGCGAUCGGCGAGCGCUGCGUCAUGGCGCUGGCAAGCGGCGCCGCGGUGCGUCUCGCCGCGCUGCCGCCCCCCGCGCCGCCGCGUAUUAAGGCAUCAGAAAAGGACAAAAACGCAAUGGAAAUUCAAAAAGCUCUGUGGGACACGUUCAACGCGAAUAAAGCAACAAACGGAUAUGAUGUCGCUCCAGAACACAUACCUAAUGGCGUGCUCCCGGAAUGCGAGGGGGAGGAGGCACCAGCGCUCGAGCUAUGUGCGGACAAGGACACUUGCGUGCUAGAACUGGACGAGGCUGAGGACGUGGAGACAGCCCGUGCCUUGGCGGAGCGGCGGCCGGCGUCUGUGCUAAUGUCGUCCGCGCUGCGCCCCGCCCGCGCCCCACCCCACGCCUUCACGCAGGUGUGGCGUGCGCGCAUCGGCGGCGGGUGUCAGGCGGAGCGCAUGGUGUCGAGCGCGCUGGCGGCCGCGCGGUACAAGCUGCGCCGUCUGCAGCCCGCCGCGCUCGCCGCGCCCACUUACCACCUGGACCUGCCCGAUGACGAAAUCCAACUCGUCGUGUCCGGAACCGCUAUACCCCUGCAGGACCCCUCCAAGUUGGAACCCGCAGUCGAGAGGAACGGUAACCAAGACGACGACGACAUAUUCGCCCUGGACGAGGAGCAGCUCGCCAAGAGUCCACCGGAUCAGGUGGAGGAGAAGAAUAAUGGGCCGGGUCCGGGACGCGUGGCGUUAUCUAGCGGCGCAGCGGCGGGCGCGGGCGGCGCGGGGCGGCGGGUGUGCGCGCUGCGGCUGCUGUUCGUGCGCGAGACGACGGCGGUGCGCGAGCUGGGCGGCCUCAGCGGGUUCUUGCAUACCUUCACGUGCGAGGUGAUGGCGAUAGUCCGCGCGUACACGGCGGCGCUGGGCGGCAACGCGCUCACCUCCUUCUACAUGACGCAGCUCAUGUUGCAGGACAACGCGCACAAGAACCAGGGUCAAUGUUUGCUCUCUGUCGGUGGCGACGUGGUGCAUGUGACGUAAUAGUUAUACUAUUAAUGUAAUCAAAAUAACAAGACACAAAAUUCCAUGCAAAUUUUGACAUUUUAGCGGCCCCUAGACGAUCAAUU